ACAGUAACAGCCACGACUGUGGACGCGAGCGUCUCUAGUGUGCGCAUGCGCCCGCUGAGCGGCCCGCUUCUAUUUAUGUGGGGGAUCCAACAUGGCGGCUGCGGCGACCCUGGCGAUGGCGGUGGAGCCCAUCAGAACGUAGUAGCGGGGACAGGGACCCGGUUCGCACUCACGGUGGCGUCCACGGGGACAGCUGAGGGUGCUGGAGGGAAGAAAAGUGACAGAGAGCAGAAGGAAAGGCGGGCAGGCACGCCUUACGGCGUCGAGGCGAGAGCCGGCUCGAGCGAGCGCCGAGGGCCAGAACAUUGGGGAUGGCGGAGCCGCGCAGAGUCGCGUUCAUUAGCCUGUCACCGGUGAGGCGACGCGAGGCCGACUUCGCGGGCGCCGAGCGCGAGCCCCCCCGACUGGAGCCGCAGCCGUACCGCGAGCCGGCCCGGGCAGAGCCGGCCCCCCGCGCUGACGCGCAGCCCCCAGCGCGCGACAAGCCGCUCCCCCAGCGCGAGGUCAGCCGCGCCGAGGUGCCCAUGGCGCUGCAGCGCGAGCCCCCGCGGCCCGAGCCACCGCCGCCGCCGCUGCCCCUACAGACUCCCCCUCCGCGGGAGUCGGUUUCCCGGGCGGAGCCGCCGCCGCGACCGCCGAAGGAAACCGUUCGCCUGGAGCUGGUGCUCAAGGACCCCACGGACGAAAGCUGCGUGGAGUUCAGCUACCCGGAGCUGCUGCUGUGCGGAGAACAACGGAAGAAACUUGUUCAUACAGAAGAUCCAUUUACUGAUGAGCAUAAGGAGAGGCAAGAAGUGGAAAUGUUGGCUAAGAAGUUUGAAAUGAAAUAUGGUGGGAAAGCCCGUAAACACCGGAAGGAUCGGCUACAAGAUCUAAUUGAUAUAGGCUUUGGCUAUGAUGAGACAGAUCCAUUUAUUGAUAACUCAGAGGCUUAUGACGAAUUAGUCCCUGCUUCUCUAACAACAAAAUAUGGAGGCUUCUAUAUCAACACUGGCACGCUGCAGUUUCGCCAAGCUUCAGAUACUGAAGAAGAUGAUUUUACAGAUAACCAAAAGCACAAGCCACCCAAGGUUCCCAAAAUAAAAGAAGAUGAUCUUGAGGUAAAGAAGCGGAAACGGAAAGAGGAAGGGGAAAAAGAAAAGAAGCCAAGGAAAAAAGUACCCAAACAACUGGGAGUUGUGGCUCUUAAUUCACACAAGUCUGAAAAAAAGAAAAAGCGGUAUAAAGAUUCCCUUUCUCUGGCUGCCAUGAUACGAAAAUUUCAAAAAGAGAAGGAUGCAUUGAAGAAGGAAUCGAGCCCUAAAGUCCCAGUGGCCCCAUCAACUUCCUCUCUGCCUAAGCCCCCUUGUGCUGCAACAGCCCUGGGGGAUGACAUCCCGGACUUAAGUCUAAACAGUGCUGAUCCAGACCUCCCUAUUUUUGUUAGCACAAAUGAACAUGAACUGUUUCAGGAAGCUGAAAAUGCUCUAGAGAUGCUAGAUGAUUUUGACUUUGACAGAUUACUGGAUGCUACUUCUGAUGGAAGUCCCCUGUCUGAGUCAGGGGGAGAAAAUGGAAAUACCACCCAGCCCACCUUCCCCUCUCAGCUUGUGCCCAAGGUGGUACCUACACUUCCAGAUGGUCUACCUGUGCUUCUUGAGAAACGCAUUGAGGACCUUCGUGUAGUAAGUGCUGCCAAACUUUUUGAUGAAGAAGGAAGGAAAAAAUUCUUUACACAAGAUAUGAAUAAUAUUCUUCUGGACAUCGAGUUACAGCUACAAGAACUAGGUCCUGUCAUUCGUAGUGGUGUCUACUCCCAUCUUGAAGCCUUUGUGCCAUGCAAUAAGGAAACACUGGUAAAACGUCUAAAGAAGUUACAUCUUAAUGUUCAGGAUGAUCGUUUAAGAGAACCUCUGCAGAAACUGAAGCUAGCUGUUAGCAAUGUCAUGCCUGAACAGCUGUUUAAAUACCAGGAGGACUGCCAGGCUCGAAGUCAAGCCAAAUGUGCCAAGUUGCAAGCAGAUGAAGAACGGGAAAAAAAUGGAUCCGAUGAUGAUGAUGAUGAGAAACCAGGGAAGCGAGUCAUAGGUCCACGAAAGAAAUUCCACUGGGACGACACCAUCAGAACUUUGUUAUGUAACCUUGUUGAGAUCAAAUUGGGAUGCUAUGAAUUAGAGCCAAAUAAAAGUCAGUCUGCUGAGGAUUAUCUUAAAUCCUUCAUGGAGACAGAGGUGAAGCCACUGUGGCCUAAGGGCUGGAUGCAGGCAAGAAUGCUUUUUAAGGAAAGCCGGAGUGUGCAUAAUCAUCUAACUUCAGCUCCGACAAAGAAAAAAGUGAUUCCUGCAUCAAAACCCAAAGUCAAGGCGGUGAUGGUAAAGACCCUUCCUGUUCGUUCUUUCCCUACUAUGCUGAAGGAAUGUAGCCCCAAAAAAGACCCAAAAGCUCCUGCAUCCGUGGUGGCUUCAGGUGGUGGUCCUUCCAUGAGCUCCAGCACAGCCAUCGUUGCCUCAGCCAGCUCUAGCUCAACACCAGCCCAAGAAACCAUCUGCCUUGAUGACUCCCUAGACGAAGACCUUUCUUUCCCCUCAGCCUCACUGGAUCUUGUAUCUGAAGCUUUAGCUGUCAUCAACAAUGGAAACAAGGGCCCCUCAGUUGGUUCAAGGUUAAAUGUGCCAACUACAAAACCUCGUCCAGGACUGAGAGAAGAAAAGCUAGCAAGUAUCAUGAGUAAGUUACCACUGGCUACUCCCAAAAAACUAGAUUCUACUCAGACUGCUCACUCAUCAAGUCUUAUUGCUGGUCACACAGGGCCAGUACCAAAGAAACCCCAGGAUUUAGCUCAUACUGGUAUUUCUUCAGGCCUUAUUGCUGGUUCUUCAAUUCAGAACCCUAAAGUUUCCUUAGAACCUUUGCCAGCCAGGCUACUCCAGCAAGGACUGCAAAGGUCAAGCCAGAUACACGCUUCUUCCUCUUCACAGACUCAUGUCUCCUCCUCCCAAGCCCAAGCUGCUGCCUCUUCUCAUGCUCUGGGAACAUCAGAGGCCCAAGAUGCUUCUUCGUUAACACAAGUAACAAAGGUGCACCAGCACUCAGCUGUCCAGCAGAACUAUGUGUCUCCAUUACAAGCCACCAUCAGUAAAUCGCAAACCAACCCAGUGGUGAAAUUAAGUAAUAACCCCCAACUUUCCUGUUCGUCCCAACUACUCAAGACUUCAGAUAAGCCACUGAUGUAUCGCCUCCCUUUGUCUACCCCAUCACCUGGAAAUGGUUCUCAGGGGCCCCACCCCCUGGUUUCUAGGACAGCACCAAGUACCACUACCUCCAGUAACUAUUUAGCCAAGGCUAUGGUGUCACAAAUCUCCACGCAGGGUUUCAAAUCUCCCUUCUCAAUGGCUGCAUCUCCCAAACUUGCCGCCUCUCCCAAACCUGCCACAUCUCCCAAACCUUUGCCCUCACCUAAGCCUUCUGUUUCACCCAAGCCCUCUCUGUCAGCUAAGCCUUCAAUAUCUACUAAACUGAUUUCUAAAUCCAACCCAACUCCCAAGCCUGCUGUAUGCCCAAGUUCUUCUAGUCCAAACACACUAGUAGCCCAGAGUAGCCACUCUACAAGUAGCAACCCUGUCCAUAAACAGCCCAGUGGAAUGAACAUCAGCAGACAGUCUCCCACUCUGAAUUUGUUGCCCUCAAAUCGCCCUUCUGGCCUUCCAACUACAAAAACUCUUCAGGCCCCUUCUAAACUAACAAACUCAUCAUCCACUGGAACUGCUGGGAAGAACAGCUUGAGUGGAAUUCCAGUGAGUGCACCUGCCAGCAGAGGGAGCAACCUUAACUCAAGUGGAGUGAACAGGACUAGUCUGUGUGGGGGGACAGGAAGUGGAACACAGGGUGCUACUAAACCGUUGUCUACGCCACAUAGACCAACCUCUGCCUCAGGGUCGUCAGUGGUAACAGCCAGUGUGCAGUCCACAGCAGGAGCAUCAUUAUUGGCUAAUGCCUCACCUCUGACUCUCAUGACAUCACCUUUGUCUGUAACAAAUCAAACUGUGACUCCUUUUGGGAUGCUGGGUGGCCUUGUUCCAGUGACCAUGCCCUUCCAGUUUCCCUUGGAGCUCCUUGGCUUUGGAACGGACACAGCUGGAGUGACAACCACCUCGGGAUCUACCUCAGCGGCUCUUCAUCACAGCCUGACUCAGAAUUUACUAAAGAGUUUACAGCCAGGAACUCAGCAUGCAGCAACCCUUUCCCACUCACCUCUGCCUACACACUUACAGCAAGCAUUUAAUGAUGGAGGCCAAAGUAAAGGGGACACUAAGUUACCACGGAAACCUCAGUGACUUUCCAGCAAGCAAGAGAGGAACCACUUGGCUGGCUGGUGGACCGACCUGAUGGGAAGUCUUGGUGGUCACAGGGCUGCUGUUUCUGUCGAUGUUUACAUUCUUGUCCCAAGCACUGUGGUGAGGAGGAAAAGAAAGAAUAUGUUACUUGAGCAAAGCCAGUGCAGGAGGAAGAAAUGCUUUUGUGCAAAGUUAGUGACCUUUGGUCUUUUAAAAUCAAAGUUCCCAUGUUAACCGACUUAAAACAGACUCAGCUGUCAAACCCACAGAAGUAUCAAUUUGACUUUAUAAAAAAGAAAAAGAAAAAGAAAAAGAAAAAGGAAAAAAACUGGGGAAGAAGGAAGGAAGUUGAGAGGAUUUGGGUAAAUGGCCAUCCAUCCUGGGGGUUAGAUCUGAACACUCUACAUAUACGUGCAUAAUAAAAGCAGCUACAAGUAGAAUUAGCCCAGUUUGAGGAGACUCAGUCAUGUCUGUUUAGUGGACAGAUUUGCCACAAUCAGUUGCAUGUGACUCUCCAGACAGUAGUCGAAGAGUACUGUACCCUGAAAUGUCCUGAGCAAACUUGAAUCUUCUCGAGUAUGUAGCAGGUCCCUGUGCAAGUCAGCGGGCUGAAGAUGCAUCAGCAAAGUUGCUGUAUCACAGUGAUAAUAUUAUUAUAGCGUCUAGAUUUUUAAAGUCAGGAAAAUGAGCCCAUGCUCUUAAGAGACAAAAUGUAGAUAAUCCCCUUUUUAUAAAAGGGUCAGUUUCACCCUCCAUUCGGAAGUGAGUACUGAACUCCUUUCUUGGGUGACUUGUCAUCUGGUGUUGACUGGUUAAUAUUUAUUUCUAGUCCUGAUGUGCAGAAGUGACUGCUCUCAUUUUCUCCUGAGUGUGGGUCUUUGUUGUCGGGCUGCUGCUUUGCUGCUCAUCUCCCUCACAGCCUGCCAAGAACGCAAAUGCCCAGUUCCCUCCCUGCACAGUGCUCUUUCAGUAGUGGUACUUUACGUGGCUAGAGCUAUUGAUAUCAACAGGAGUGUGCACAGCAUCUGUUUCUCCAUGGGUCAAGCAAAUAGCAUAUAUAUAAUAGUAUACUGUUUUUCAUUCUAAAGUGGUAUUUUUAAAAGGAUGAAUUCCAAUAGGAAUACAGAUGUGCACAAGGGAUCGCCUUUUAUAACUAUCACAAUGAAGUUUUAUGACCCAUAUCCAGCGCAAUAUAUUUUGAGCAUUUGGAAUCUUAAAAGUUAAUAGAAUUUACUCAGAACGUUAGUAUUCAAGUCAGCCUACAGAUUAUAAGAUUCUUUAAUUAUAGUUUCUGUACGUGACUAGUGGCAAUGAAGAGUAUGAAGGGGAAAACACGGAUCCCUUGGGAUACGUUUUGUUUUGCCUCAGCUAAGUUUAUGGUAUUCCUUUAAUUUUAAACUUCUGAGUAUUUUCAGACUAUCCAAGAAUAAGCUCUGAGUGCUAUAGCUUUAGUUUAUAUAUGGUGACAGACUAGCCUGAUAAUAACAAGAUUGCUUUUGUAGUCUCAUUACAUAAUACCCUGUAUCAUUAAGUUUAUUCAGAUAAGAAUGUUAACCAGACCCCAUUUUCCUUUGAUAAGCAAAAGUCUCAAGAAGCCUCUAGAAAUAUAAUAACCAACCACAGACCUGCUCCAAUUUUUAUGCCUAUAAUUUGACUUCAAAGUUGCAAUGGCAUGAAUGGCAAAAAGUCAAUGAAUAAUUGAAAGAAUUGAAAGCUUUAGUUCCAAGAACUAGUUACAGUAAGGGAAGAUGACUGUUUAGAAGAACCAUUGAAGCUGCGAAUGAUGGUUCAUGCUUGUAAUCCUAGCAUUCAGGAAACUGAGGCAGGAAGACCUCAGGUUUGAGACCAGCCUGAAGGCUUUAGCAAGUACCAGGCUAGUCUGUAUUAGGCUAACAAUGAGACCCUGUCUCAACAAAGAAGGAAAAAAGAAAGGCAAGCAAAGAAAAGGAAUCAUUACUAUAAUUUCUUAGCUGCAGAAAUUUACUUUACCAAUAAAACAAAUACAGAGGCCCCAGUAGAUAUUUUGGAAAAAUACUGGGAUGUUGCUGGUUUGAUUUGAAUUUAGCAUGUUAAGCUUCAUUUGAAAGGUCUCUCAGAGAAACUAGCUCAGCUCUUGGCUUACACUAGCACCAGGUUCCUUCACUUCACAGGCCUGCUUAUACUUCCUGGGUUGCUGCGCUGGGGCGUCUUUUGAGGAAGGCAGCCUUGCGCUUCUUCUUCUCUACCCAGAGAGAAGCCCGGUAUAGCAGUGUCUAUCCCUGAUGAUUCUAGUGUUUCUGCAUACACAUACGCAUUCAUAUAGAUCAAUCGCUAUUAAAAGUCAAACAAUAACUGUAGGUUCUUAAAUCCAUCAAUUCUGAACCAUGUUAUGUGAAGACCAUUGAUGGUUCUUUGCCAUCUUUAGAAAAGAACAAAAUUUGUAAUUCUCUUUCCCAUGCCAUUUUAUAAAAUUACCCUGGGCUCUGAGACUAUGCUAUGUAAAGAAUAUCCUGUUCGUGUGGGUCUUGACUCCUUAUGGACUGCUGCCAGAUCCCCACUCCAGCAACCCUUUCACGUUAUACAAAUGAAUCAAAGUCCUUUCUAAAUGUAAAUACAUUUCUUUCUAUAUCAUAACAUUGAAAAUGGUGUCCAUACUUUAUGGUUACCUGUCUUUACAGUUUUUAUUACUAAACAAGCGUAUAAGUUGGUUAUUUUUUAACAGAGACUUGCAAUUCAUACUGUAUUUUUGCACUUAAAGUCAAAUUAUGUUAUUUUUUAAAAUGGUGAGUAACUGGAAAGGAUAUCUGUAGAGCAAUGUGUAUUGCUAAAGAACGUUAGCAACAUCCAAAUGCAGAAGUAAAUCAGCACACUUAGGUCCCACUAGAUGGGGUGCUUGAUUCAGGAAGAUUCAACUGUCUGUUUCCAACUGUCUUACAUUUGAAAUUGCCUUCACCGAUGUAUAAGCUGUUACUGUACAUAACAAGGGGAUCCUCAGUAUUCACAAGCAAUAACAGUCAGCAGAGCUGUCCUCGGGCCGCGCUGCUGGACCACAGUUGGAGACUGUUUGGGAGCAAAGUGUCACGCUCAUUCAGAGCCUCCAAAGUAAAUGCAAGCAAUAAUUUCUAUUAAAAUUAAAUUACAAUUCUUCGCAUGCUUCUGAGAACAAAGAGUGAGAAAUCAUGAUUUUAAAACAAUCUGGAGAAAAGAUUUGGGGAAAAGAAGCCAAGUUAAUCUAUAAUAACAAAGUCCUGAUACUUUGAAGAAAUCAAGAAGAUUCAAUUAGUACAUUCUUUCAUGCCCACCACCCCUUUGAUGGAUGUUAUUAGCCCAAAUUAUAUUGUUUUGUGUCAUAGACACUAAAUAAGGCUUAUUUGGGUCCCAACACUGGGGAAAGAACGGGCAUAUACCUGUGGGUAUAUAUUGACUGUGGGUUUGACACCUGCUUGGAAACAGCUUAUUGAAAGUGAUCUUAAUCCAGGAUAUUUUUUUCCCAAAGCAGAUCUAAAUUGUUUACUAUGCAGAGAUGGAAAGGGUAGGCACCCCUGUUCUCUCUCCUCUGGUUGCCCUCUCCACAGCCCUUCCCACCUCUACUUGAUUCAAGACUUUCUGAAAUGAAAAUUCUACUGUUAUUGCGACUGCCAUUGGUUAUGAGAACUCUGUCUUUUGGGAACGUCUCUAGAACUCAUUGUCUGUCCUACUUGCUGCUACAUUUGAAAGAUGGACUUUGCCUGUGUUGGUUGACUUUAACUGCUUUAUUUUUAGGAGAUUUUGUCAUAUCUUUUGACCCCUGUGUAGAAGAACUAGGGUACUUUAUUUUGGAAGUGUACUAUAAAAGCACACUGGUCCUUGUAUUGUUAUAUAGGUUUUGAAUUUGUUUCCUCUGUUGGUUUUUGUUUUGUUUUAUUUUUUUAAAAUUGAAAAUAGAAGAAAGAAAAGUCUGUAAUCCAGGCCAGACUUGAGCGCUGCCCUGUGCUUCAGCACAGUGCUUGUGCUGACCCACGGUCUGAAGGGCACUUUGACUCCUAGUUGUGCAUGUGCAGCUUUGUUGGGUUUUGCUUUUGGUUUUGUAAAAACACAGCAGAGAAAAGUACAGUAGUAGAUAAAUGAUCACAAACAUGUUAUGCAAUUUUAUUUUAUAAAGUUUUAAGGGAAAAGUUUAACUCGUUGUAAAUAAGUUCUUAUCUCUGGUAAAAUGCUUAUAUUCCUCCUCUAAACCAUGCUCAAUUCAGGCCUUUGUCUUUGUUAAGUGCCUUUUAUUUCUUUUUCUCCCUCUUUUGAAACUUUCAGACACCCUCAAGUUCAGACUAAGUCUAGGGAUUCAGGAGAAUCUCAGACUUGCCAAAAAUCAUGUCAUAUAAUAACACUCUUCCUUGUGUUGUGUGCGUGUGAGCUCAGGUGUGAGACACACAGUGUGCAUGAGACCAGGAGCAGCUGCUCCACGGCGAUCUGUCUAAGCACUGCCCUUUGGACAUUUCAGAACUUCUGCCUUGUUUAUUCCAUUGCUUUGAGUUGAUUCAGAUGGGCAGAUUGGGAAGUAGUCUUUGCCAGGAUGCUGCCUUCCCUUUCUGAAUGUCUGUAGAGGUUAAUAUAUAUGUGUGUGUAUAUAUAUAGGGCAUUAUAUAUAUAUAUAUAUAAAACAUACGUGUUGGUUAUUGCAAACAUAAUAAACUCGGUAGACUCAUUGACUAUUUCUGGAUGUAAUCCACUUCUCUCUACCUUUCAAAUCUUUCAGAAGUAGUAUAUGAGAAAGUAUCAGGAUAACAAGAGUAUCUUGUUGGUCAUGUUGAUAUGGUGCCCUAUGCAGACAAGAUUCAGUACACAGAGGCUAGAGCUAGAACCAUGGAAUAAUGUCUGAAUACACUUCGAAGGAAGGUGGCACUCAUGUCAAUAUUAAAGAUAUUUUCUUCUGGAAAAUGAUCUUGAAAUUGUAUAGCUGAAACUUCAGUAACUUAGAUUUUUAGACAGUGAGGAAACACUCAUAUAAUCUGGACAUACUUGAGAAAUUUUAGUCUGUUUAUUGCCAGAUGAUCAGAUUUGCUCUGAUUUUAUGAUUGUGUAAAUGUCUUUCUUAAAGCAAAAUAACUUAACUUUCAGUGUCUAAGACUUCAGGGGGAGUUCUGUUUCUGUUCUGUCUUUCCUAGGUGUGACAUGUUAAAAGAGACUAAGUUGACUGACCCUCUGUAUAUCGACAAAGGAGCCCUUUAAGUGACAGUUUAGUGGGAAGAGGAGACUUGUGGCUACAAGAAGAGAUUCCUGUAGCAAAGCUGUUGUUGGCCAGCUUAGGAUCAGUAGCAAGUGUUAAUUCCUAAAUUACUUUAUCUAGGGGGAAGUCUUUUAACCUUCGUGCCUCAGAUUACCCAUGAGACAAUUGGGUAGAAUAAUAAUCACCUACCUCCCAGGGAUAUCAGAGACUUUACUAUUUCAAAAAUAUUUUGUUUUUCUAAAACAUUCUAUAUAAUUAUAGUAUUAUCUUCCUGCAGAGGUUGAAAAAAACAAAUGUUUUCCUUAUAGUGGAUAUAAAGAGCACCCUAUGGUCUUUAAGUUAAAAAAAAAAUCACUGGAAUUUUAAUUUAGAUGUAUAUUUGAUAUUUAAACAUACCAUAUUUGUUGUGUGGUAUAAUUAUUAGUUUCAGAUGAAAUCAAAGGGGGAUGAACACUUAAGUUUCUUAACUACCAAUAGAUUUUUUUAAAGCCUUUAUGAUGUUAUUGUGUGAUAUUUGCAAAAGUUGUAAAAGUAAAGUUAGAUAAAGUUUGAAUUAUGGAUAAAUGAUCCUGAAAGUUUAUAGCCUCCCUUGUCUACCUUCUGAAUCUAAUUUCUUUGUAGUACUUGCCUGGUGAUGGAAAACUAAUUUUUUUACCUUUCUACGAGUAAAUCAGAUGCCUGCAUACGACUCCUGCAUCAGUAAGAUUAUCCACCUUUCCUCCGGGUGGGGGUGGGGGAUGGGAGGGUGGGCAGGCCUACACUGGCAAGCUGUAUGCUCUUUUAACUUUUUAUUUCAUGCUUCUUCAGCCAGAGCCAUCAGCUGUUUAGGCUGUAAUAAAAUGGGAGGAAGAAAGACAGGAUUCACUCCCUAGCUAGAGUAGAGGUAAAGAUGGUUGGAAUAGAAGGAAACAUGGCUUAUCCUAGCUCCUGGGAGGAAAUUAGGAUCAUUUUAUCUCACCCUCCAUUCGCGCACUCUAAGUAGACAUGCAUAGCAUUUUUCUCUUUAAAACAAUAACAGGAACAAAUGGAUGCUAUAGUUUUUGUUAGGGCUGAAUAGUAUAUGUGAGGGCAUGGGUAUGGGUGAGUUAAAUUGCAGUGCAUAUUCAGGGUGUUGAGCAGUGACCCAGCUCAGGUGACUUAGGAAGAAGCAGUCAGCACAUCCAGGCUGACCCAGAACCGGCUCAGACCCAGUCAUUCUCUAGUCCUAAAAUCACUUUGGGGUUUUUUUUUUUUGUUGAUUUUUUUUUCUCUCCAGUAGCCUCUGAAUAUCAGCUGUGCAGAUGAGCAUACACUUCAUUUUCUACAUUAUAUCCUUAUUCAUUCUUCAAUAACAUAAGAUUAACCCAAAGUAAUAAGAUUUAGGGUUUUUGUUGAAUGUGUGUGUUUCCUCUGGGGAAGAGUAACAGAAGCCUAAAAUAGAUAUCAUCUGUGUCCAUCUGCCCUAAAAUGUGAACUUUACAUAUAACGCUAGCUGAAGAUCCUUUUGCCCAUGCAAACCUAGAGUUGAUGUUGUGGAAUGUGUUUGCACUUUUAUGAUAAAGUCACCUCAGUGUAAUGCUGAGAAGUUUUAGAUUAGUGUUCAGAUUGACAGAGCUGCACACUUGCCUUGAGCUCUGAUUAAAAAUAGCUUCAAAUAUUAAUAUUGAAUUUGUCUUCAUUUCUUUCAAUCUUCAGUCUUGCCUUUGGUGUGAGCACUUAAGUGACCACUUGCUCCACUACAGUGUAAGUUGCCUGUUGUCAGGUCUAGGAAAAGGUAAAUUGUUUCCUUGUCCUCUUCUCCCUCACUUUGCCAUCUGCCCUCUGUCCCCAUCAAGUAAAUGCAAAGAUAGUAUAGGGGAUAGUUCACAUCUUAGUGGAGGAUACACGCAUAGAUGAUCUUUAGAGUUUAGUGGAAAUACCUUUAAGUAGCCUGAUGCUAAAUGACACUUUUCUUAUGCACACUCAAAGUACUGUGUGCUUUAAGGUGGCUGUUUGUGAUCCUUGUGUUGUGAUGUUUCUACUUGUCUGUCUUUCCUAUGUAUUUCCAUUUCCUAGCAGUAGUAUUCAAACUUUGUAUACUUUUUACACUGCUACCCAAACUAAUCAGUGACAUAAUUUGAAGUUUUUAUGGUACAAAUUAAGGUUCUAUACAUAGUCCAUAACUUGGGGGUCACUGAUGACUGGGAGUUUUUUCUCUUUUCAUUUAUAUUAAAAGUGGAUUUCCUAAGCUGAGUGGUGGAACUCUUGCCCAGCGUGUGCAUAGGCUGGAGAUCCAUACACAACAGUGCAAAACAACAAUAAAUAGAUCUCAGUUUUACAUAGCCUGGUAAUGCCAGUAUUUUUUAAGGUUCUUCAGAAGAAAUAGAGAUCUUCAUUAGAGGCUCAUGACAGUUUGCCUUGCCUGUUUUCACACUUCCCUACUACAGAGCUUUUUUGCCAAGAUCUGAACCAACCAGAUCAUUGAAUCCUAAAUAGGACCUAAGUCCUAAUUUUAAGUUCCUCAGAAAAACCAUUAUUUGCCCCCACCUUUUUUUUUUUUUGCUAAAUCUGGUUGUUAGAUGCUUGUUAAUAGAGUUCUGGUUGGAAUGCAGUUAAGAUUAUUUAUCUGAGAUAACACUAGAGUCAGCAGCUCCGUCUAUCUUCAGAGUCAAUUUAGAAGUCAGAAGCAAUCAAGACUAGCUACUGUGCAUGUGGGAUAGUCUGUGCUUAGAAUUUCACAAUAAUUAUAUUUUUUGUACUUAAUAACCAUAGACUUUCCUCUUGUUAUACUUAUCUCUACUGUUUACAGAAACAUUAUGCCCUAUCAGAAAAUUCACUGGCAAAAUUAACAAGGAUUUGUCCAAUUUGGGCUAGUAAUAUAAAACAAAAAAAAAAUAUUUUUCUCAGUUGACAAAGGUAUUUGUUUUCAAUAGUUAGAAAGUUGAGCCAACUUUGGUCAGCUUUCUUGACAUUUCGGCUCUGACUCCAUCAUAGAUUGCAUGUUCACUUUGACAUGUGAUCAUCAGGGACCCUCUCUCAGUAAAGAUUGGUUUUCCUCCCACACAGCUUUCAGGGCAGAGAGCCAAGCUUUUCAAUGACCUAUUGUCAGCUGUCUUUGAAAGACUAUCUCACUCUAGGAAAUGCUGGCAUGCUAGACUGUUGGAGGAGAGUGUCCUAGUUUGGCCCUCCUCAAGUCAUGUUUAACAAGUCUCUUGUCUUGUUAAACAUGUCAGACUUCAAGGAGAGGAAGAGAAAUCUCUGGCUGGUGAAUUUUGUGCCCCAAAUAAUUUAACCAAUAGUCUAACCAAGGUUACUAAGGCAUGAGUGUUUUCUCUCUCUACUUAUGAGCCAGGUUUAUUUAUGGUUGUAAGACUUACCAUGGAACUGCAAACCUAUUUGCUGUACCUGGAAAACAAGAGUCUGAAGUUUAGUCUGGUUAAGCACAGAUUUCUAACCCUCUGGGAAAAGUUUAGAUAAGGGGAGAUGUGUUUAGUAGCAGAAGAAAAAACAAUUAUUUAUACAGUGAGUGUCCACCCUGCAAAGCCUCUUCCCACGAGGGAAAGAGCUCCUCCUCUUUAGUCACUUCCACCCUACACAGAUGCUACCAUGUUUGCAAGCCAGUCUCCAAGAAAGGAGCUUGCAGAGUUGGUGGUCCUCUAGGGGAAAGGCUCCAAUUACUGUGUUGCGCCUGCUUGUAGGAAGGUGCGUUUGCUAACUUGAAGGAAUAUGUGCUGUACUUCAAAUACGUGUGUGACUUAAUACUUUGGGAUUUUUUGUUUUCCCCUCUAAAACUGGACCUGAACACAACUUUGAGUUGGUAUUUGUAAUAAUCUCAGGACCUGAAAGAUUGUAGCAUUUAGUGUGUCUUAAAAAUUAUGUACUGUACCAGCCAUGGAGUUUUGUAAAUAUACCUGUCUCCCUUUUUUUGUAUUAUUUUAGUAAACAAUAAAUAAAUAAAUAAAUAAAUUUAAUAAAAGGGGGUGGUGAUGAUGUGUGUGUGUUUGUGUGAGUGUGUGUGCGCAAGGUUCUUUUGAGAAAACUGGUGCUUGUUGAAUGUCUAAUUCAGCUCAGCGGGAAUAUGGACAAACUGCUGCUCUUGAGGCUGCAGUGAGCAAGGAGGAGGUCGUUCACUGUGCCCUCCAUGGCCCAUCUAGUACUAGCAAACUGGACGUCAGUCAGGAGCUAACCUCCUCCCCUGGCCAUGCUGCCUUUGUGUUCGUGGUCUAGCUCCAGCAUUGUUUGACUCCGGCACUAAAGCUUCCACGCUUUGAGAAUUCCUGGUUUUAGAGCUCUUAUAACUUUCCUAAGAGAAAAAAAUGGGCAGAUUAAAAAAAAUAAAUAAAAAACAACAAAAGAGCCUCCCAUUUUGUAGGACUGCCAGUGAAUUUUGGACAUUCCCAAACACGCAUCUCAGAACUUAUUAAACUGGCCCCACAAUACACUCCUCAGUGCGGGGAUGUCUGUGUCCAUUUUGCUUUGCACCAGUCUUGUUCAUAUUCCAGGUGUAGCUAGCAAAUCCAUUUUAAAAUGAGAGCCUUAUUUGAUUCAGUAUAGAUGGUUCCUGUCUAUCCUCCAAGACAGGACCUUUUACAUGAGUGGUUUUUUCUUUUUGUAUAUGUUAUGUGUUUGUUGUAUUAAAUAAAGAGGAAUGUAAAUAUUA